ACUUGCCCAAGGUCGCAAAGCAGACAAAUGGUGGAGCCGGGAUUAGGACCCAUGACCUUCUGUCUCCCAGGCCCCGAGCAGGUGGGGAAGACCAGGCCUUUGGGCAGGAGGAGUGUGGGCCCUGCGGCCUGCCAGGCCUCCCUCCCCGAGGAAAGGCCUUGAGCGUUGGCCUGGGGUGGCCAGCUUCAGGGACGCUGGCCUAGGCCUCCGGCUCCUGCCCGGGCACCAGGAAAGAUACCACCAACCUCCAGCCUGAACAGCCGCUAGCAGAGCUCAAAUUCCAGCGACCUCAGAAAACUACAGCAUAAAGGAAAAUCAGACCGUCGGAAACGUGUGCGGCAGCAGAACGCGCGCGCCGGAUCCCUCCCAGUUAGGGAGAGCCUCGGCUUUUCAAAUAAUAAACAGAUGACAUGAGUUUGUCACCCCUUUCCCCUCUCUAAUGGAGGUUUAAUUUUCUUUCUUUCGUAGAACACUCAGGAGGUUUCGUGUAACUUUGGCAUUCUUCACUGACAGAAUGACGACGUGCCUCACUCCCACCCUGUAGGGGUAACCUUAAUUAGCAGCUAUAAUCCUAACACUUAGGUAUUUCGGAAAGCAGAAUCAAGAUUAUGUUUAGGUUGUAAUAUCGUCCCUGAUUCAAAAGUCUACAGUGAAGAAAGAAGACCACAAUUCAACUUGAACCGAAGCUUCACAAAUUUAUACCUUUCAAGUAAAAUGAACGUGGCAAUGCUGCUCCAAUUUCCUCAUCAACGUUUUCUUAGAGGCCUUUCGCAAACAUCCUUUCAGAGCUCCUACUUCAUCUCUCAUUCAAGUACUCGUACCGCAUCAGGAUUCUCGUAUGGUCGACCAUUUAAUUCUCUUCAACACUAUUGUACAAAGUGGAUGCUGCCAUCAGAGGAUUUUAAGAGAAAGCUAUGUGUUCAGACAACCUUAAAGCAAGACACAGAGGGACUUUCUGACAAAGAAAGAAGAUUUGUAGAUAAACUUUACACUGGUUUAAUCCAAGGGCAAAGAGCCUGCUUAGCAGAGGCCAUUACUCUCAUAGAAUCAGCUCACAGCAGGAAAAAAGAGAUAGCCCAAGUACUUCUUCAGAAGGUAUUAUCUUACCACAGAGAGCAAGAGCAAUUAAAUAGAGGAAAACCGCUAGCAUUUAGAGUGGGAUUGUCUGGGCCCCCUGGAGCUGGAAAGUCCACAUUUAUAGAAUGUUUUGGGAAAAUGCUUACUGAGCAAGGACAUAAAGUGGCUGUGCUGGCCGUCGACCCUUCCUCUUGCACAAGUGGUGGUUCACUUUUGGGGGAUAAAACACGGAUGACUGAGUUAUCGAGAGACAUGAAUGCUUAUAUCAGACCAUCACCUACCAGUGGGACUUUAGGGGGUGUGACAAGGACCACAAAUGAAGCUAUUCUGUUGUGUGAAGGAGGAGGAUACAACAUUCUUCUUAUUGAGACUGUAGGUGUGGGGCAGUCAGAAUUUGCUGUUGCGGACAUGGUUGACAUGUUUGUUUUAUUACUACCACCAGCAGGAGGAGAUGAACUGCAGGGUAUCAAGCGGGGUAUAAUCGAGAUGGCAGAUCUAGUCGUCGUAACUAAAGCUGAUGGGGAUUUGAUUGUGCCAGCUCGAAGGAUACAAACAGAGUAUGUGAGUGCCCUGAAAUUACUCCGCAAGCGCUCCAAGGUCUGGAGCCCGAAGGUAAUGCGCAUCUCAGCCAAAACUGGAGAGGGCAUCACUGAGAUUUGGGAGAAGAUGAGAGAAUUCCAGGACCUCCUGCUUGCCAGUGGGGAGCUGAUUGCCAAACGGCAGAAGCAGCAGAAAGUUUGGAUGUGGAAUCUAAUCCAGGAAAGUGUGCUAGAACAUUUCCGGAGUCGUCCCACCGUGAGAGACCAGAUUCCUCUUCUGGAAGAAAAAGUCCUCUGUGGGGCCCUGUCUCCCGGACUAGCUGCUGACUUAUUAUUGAAAGCUUUUAAAAGCAGAGAGUAAUGUGAUUUAUUUUGACAGUAUUCCUCUGUGUUUGCACAAGGUAUUUUAAUAUUAAAAAAACGCAACAUA